AGGAUGGAGAGCAGAGCGAGACCCGGAUGCUGAUGCGAAUGGGCCGAAGGAAGAGAGGAGAAAAUAUCGAUUUACGGCAAGAAAACGGAGUAUCGUCCAAGAGGCCUUUUUUCCCCCCCUUGCGUGAACCGUAAUCAGAAGCGAGGAGGAGGCAGCUGGAAGUGGUGCGGGCUGAUUUGUGCUGUUUCACCUGUGUGUAUCCGCCGAUGACGGAGGAGGACACGCCGAAGGGGAGAGAAGAAGAUGCUGUGAUCCGCUACUUGCAGUGAUGUAGCGAGGCAGAGGCUGGCAGAGGCAGGGAGGGGGUGGACUACGCUACGCUAAAAGAUGGUUGUUCGGCCAGGAAUGCGCAUUUCCCCUCGAAACACCGUGAGAAUGUGGUGGCCGAUUGAUAAAACCGACCAUUUGGCGAUGCCCGGAAACUUCACGCGGCGUCGGUUAUUUUGACAGGCGCGAGGCGGCCGCUGCUCGAGGCGUUGGAAGCUAACGCGAGCCUCGCUGCUGUGUGGGAGAGCGGCUAAAAGAACAUGUUACACCUGUAAAACAGGCCUAACAGAGGAAAUAUCGGUGAUUUCAUCUUCAGGGCGAACAUUCAUUGGACGUUUUGUUUGUAUAGGUGAAUAGCAAAUAGCGUAAAGCACUGCAGCAGAGGAGGUAAAACUAGCUGUUUUGGCUAUGCGUUUUCUAGUUAACGCCAUUACGCCGACUAGAUGCAACACACAUAUAAGCUAAUGUACAUAAGUUAAACUAUUGUUUUAUUUUGUGGGGUCGUGUGGUAUUUAACGCAGAAAACAGCCGUCUGUCCCCUCAAGUAUUAAUGCCAUGUUAAGCGUGGUUCAGAACACGAAAUAUUUAGCUCGACUUAGAUGAACUAGCUUCAUUUUCACCAUUUUAUCAUGUUACACUCGGACUAGCUGUGCUAUCCUCGUCCAAAAGGCCAUCCCUUCAAGUUUGUGACCCACAACCUCUUUUGUGUAAGCUCUACAAUAUCACAAUAGUUGCAAAAAUCACAGUGCAGUGUUAGUUAUAGCUGUGUAUUAGUGUUCAGUAAGAGCAGUAUGAGUAAGGAACUGUCUCUGGGUCAGUCUGCUCAAUAUGUUGGGCCCUACCGACUGGAAAAGACUCUGGGGAAGGGACAGACAGGACUGGUCAAGCUUGGAGUCCACUGUAUCACGGCUCAGAAGGUAGCGAUCAAAAUAGUCAACAGAGAGAAGCUGUCUGAGUCAGUCCUGAUGAAGGUUGAGAGGGAGAUUGCCAUUCUGAAACUGAUUGAGCACCCGCAUGUGUUGAAGCUGCAUGAUGUUUAUGAGAAUAACAAAUACCUGUACCUGGUGUUGGAGCAUGUGUCAGGGGGAGAGCUCUUUGACUAUCUGGUGAAGAAGGGUCGGCUAACUCCGAAGGAGGCCAGGAAGUUCUUCCGGCAGAUCAUCUCUGCUUUGGAUUUCUGCCACAGUCAUUCCAUCUGUCACAGAGACCUGAAGCCGGAGAACUUGCUGCUGGAUGAAAAGAACAACAUUCGUAUUGCUGACUUUGGCAUGGCCUCCUUACAGGUGGGGGACAGUCUUUUAGAGACCAGCUGUGGAUCACCACAUUAUGCCUGCCCUGAAGUUAUUCGGGGGGAGAAAUAUGAUGGGAGGAGAGCAGACGUGUGGAGCUGUGGGGUCAUCCUUUUUGCCCUACUGGUGGGUGCCCUGCCUUUUGACCACGACAAUUUACGCCAGCUCCUGGAAAAGGUGAAGAGUGGGGUGUUCCACAUGCCCCACUUCAUCCCCCCGGACUGCCAAUCUCUGCUCAAAGGCAUGAUAGAGGUCAACCCAGAGAAGAGGCUCUCGCUAGAGGCCAUUCAGAAACAUUCCUGGUAUCUGGGCGGUCGCAACGAGCCGUCUCCCGAGCAGCCUCCUCCCAGGCGAGUGUGUGUGAGGCGAAUCUUGUCGCUGACUGAGCUGGACCCAGAUGUGUUGGACAGCAUGCACUCGCUUGGAUGUUUCAGAGACCGAGUCAAGCUCACACGGGAUUUGCAAUGUGAAGAAGAAAACCAGGAGAAGAUGAUCUAUUACCUACUGCUGGACAGGAAGGAGCGCUACCCCAGUUAUGAAGAUGAGGACCUGCCCCCGCGCAAUGAUGUGGCAGACCCCCCUCGAAAGCGUGUCGACUCCCCGAUGCUGACGCGCCACGGCCGCUGUCGUCCAGAGAGGAAAAGUUUGGAGGUGCUAAGUGUUACAGAGCAGGGGUCUCCUACGCCACCUCGCAGGGCUCUCGACACAGCUGCACACAGCCAGAGGUCUCGCUCGGUCAGCGGAGCGUCAAGUGGUCUCUCCUCCAGCCCUCUCAGCAGCCCCAGGUCCUAUCAGAGCCCCGUCUUCACUUUCAGCCAAUCAGACGUCACCUGUGCCACAGCUUCCCCACUCACGAAGGAGUCCAAACAGGGAAGCACCACCACUCCUCGUCCAGCACGCGCUCAAGACAAGGCCAAAGCUCCCCCCAACCCAAAGACCCAGACCUUGCCCACCAAAGGACCCGCCGAGCGACACCAUCUGCAGCCCAUCAAGUCCCUGCCUCUACACAACCCAUCCUCCUCCUCGCCCUCCCCCUCCCCACUCCUGUCACCCAUCCCUCGCUUUUUCUUCCCUUCGUCUUCUGUCCUCAAGUCAGUGACUAAGAGCCUCUACCCAAACUCUGCCCACUCUGUGCCACAGGUCACCCCCCAGGGCUCUCCGCUGCCCACACCCUUGGGCACCCCCGUCCACCAUCCCCACCACCCUUCCUCCACCCCGCCCUCCUCUUCCUCAUCCUCGUCCUCUUCGCGGGCAGAGGGAGGUGGUGGGGUGGGAUCUCUGUCGCUGACCCCGCCCUCAAGCCCGGGAGGGGGGAGCGGCAUGGCGGCGGGAAGCCCCGCCCACUGGAGGACUAGGCUCAACUCUUUCAAGAACAACCUGCUGGGCUCUCCUCGAUUUCACCGACGUAAACUACAAGUUCCUACAUCAGAAGACAUGUCCAGUCUAACACCAGAAUCCAGCCCUGAGCUGGCUAAGAAGUCGUGGUUUGGGAAUUUCAUCGGCUUGGAGAAAGAGGAGCAGAUCUUUGUGGUGAUCCGAGACAAACCUCUGAGUUCUGUCAAAGCAGACAUCGUCCACGCUUUCCUGUCCAUCCCAUCUCUCAGCCACAGCGUCCUCUCACAGACCAGCUUUCGGGCCGAGUACAAGUCCUCCGGCGGUCCCUCCGUCUUCCAGAAGCCUGUCAAGUUCCAGGUGGACAUCGCCUUCUCCGAGGGCGAGAGGGACAGAGAGAGGACAGAGAGGGAGGGCAGGAGGGAGACAGGAAUCUACAGCGUGACAUUCACCCUCAUAUCAGGCAAGUGCAGAACACUUUGGAUUUGAAAACAUUGUCAUUUAUUGACAUUUAUAUUCCAACAAGCA